AUGCCUAACCUACCACCCGAACGGCCAAAGAAACUGCAACGAAUAUCGCAGGCUUGCGAUCUGUGCCAUCGACGCAGCAUACGAUGCCGGCCGAGUACCGAAAAUCCUCAGCACCAAUGCCAAAACUGCUAUGACUUCGCCGUGGACUGCACCUACAAGCGUCCCUCGAGGCGAAGGCGCAACCAGUCUGGACAGAAUGGUGCACCUCCCAACCUUCAGCCUGCGCAGCAGCAAGGUGUCUCGCCCACUUCUCCAAGCAUCAAAGUAGAAGGCCGUAGUCCCACUUUCUCCAAUGGCAAUGGGUCGACCGACCACCAUGGAUUACAUCAAGUCAUGCGUGAAGGCAUGCCUCAAGACUCUCUCAACACGGCCUGGCGAUACUUUGCUAUGGCUAGCCAGUCCACCAUCGAACGUCUCAUGGAUGUCUAUAUGGAAGUUGUCUAUCCGCUGUUCCCCUUUUUCCACGGACCAACCUUACGGAGUCGGCUACACAAUCUGGACUACUUGAAAGACCGCGGUUUCUUUGCUUCGAUCAUGUCUGCUUGCGCACUUGCGGCUGCACGAGUGCGCGACGGUGCUAUCGAAGGUCGAUAUCAUUUUGAGGAGAACUUGGGCGGCAUCACCGAGAUGUUCUUCUCGGCUGCUCAGGACACGAUUCCCAAGGACAUCGGCACGGCGCAAGGACUAGGCUACAUGCGAGCCUGCGCACUCCUAGCAAUCACCAGCAUUCAGUACGGGCAGAUCCCUACUAUGCACCAGUACAUUGGACAUUAUCACACCCUCAGUGCGAUACAGCGUUUCCACGAUGAAAGUCAAUGGCCAGAGAACAUCACAUUGAUAGAGAAAGAGGAGCGUCGGCGACUGUUCUGGGCAAUGUACUCAUGGGAUGUCUACACCUCGAUCGUGUUCAACACGAUACUCAAAUCACAGGAAAGUCACUCAAAUGUGCGCUACCCGGUCGAGUCUACUGACGAGGAACUCCUUUCUGGUUUUGAAUCACCGACCAACAACCAGAAUUGGCUGCGAGGAUGGAACUUCACCACAGAUCUUUAUCGUGUACUAGAACACACGGUUGGACGGCUCAGGCGCAACAAUCAGGCCAGAGGGGAUCGAUUAGAUGUUGCGCGUUUGACUGUCUCUGACGCUAUACCGGAUACGCAUGUGAUGCAUAGUGUCCAUGGACUCUACGACGAGCUACCGGACCGCUUCAAGGAGUACAGCAUGGCCGUGACAGGCGACAUGAACCACGAUAUUUUUGGAUUCCAAGCGGCGAACAUACAAGCGACGAUUCAGUUGGUCCGGAUUGCGCUCUGUGAGUGCAGCCCUCAAUUGGAUCUAUGGAGGAAAUGCGACGUCGUGGACCACGUCAUCAAUGCAUUCCGCAGCAUACAGGGUCAUUAUCUUCGCGCAAUAUCGACGCCUCUCGUGCAUCAUUUGGGCGCGAUUGGUAAGAUUCUGUCAACAUUGAUGCACGGCGAACUGAAUCUCGAUUCUUAUGACCGCGUCCGAGGAUCGUUAGGUGGACUGGCUGAUCUUCUCGAGGGUUUGGAAUCGACCCUUCAACCAACCGCAGGCGCAAGCAAAGAGAUCCGAGAAAGAAUACAGAUCAUUGAUCAUUUCAUGUCAGGCCAGCGCCGAGAGCUUGAGGCAUUCAACAGCGGCCAAGCCAAUAUCGGUGAUUUGGCCGGAGGUCUCGGUGCCAAUGGCACUUCGAUCUACCCAAAUGGCACAUCUGGCGCCCAGCCGCCCACGUUGCGCUCCACCAACUCGCUCGGCAUGCACACACCUCUUGACGCCUUCCAGCUGCCUCACGAUGUGCUUGGAGAGUUCCCGUUCCCGAUCGAUUUCCAGGAACACGCCAAUAAUGGCACACAAGCGAUACCUCAGACCAACGGUCACGUUCUGGAACGAUGA